AUGCCUUUCUUCCGUCGAGAAAAGUCCCCUCACCGGGCUUCGCCUGGUACAAAGACCCGUCACCACCAAAAGGCGGUUCACGACCCUCUCCCCAUGUCGCGACGCCCUACUUUCGGACAGUGGCUCAAGGGAACAUGGCUUGACAUCGUCACCAUGGCCUGUAUGGGUGCUAUCGGUCUUGGUGUCUACUUCGCAAAGCCCGCCCCCGCUCGAUCGUUCCCUGUUACCUUUUCCGAUGGCGAGAUUGUCUGGCCUGAGUACGGAUACCCUCUCCGAGGCGAGAUCGUUCCCAUCUGGGCUGCUGCCCUGUUGGCUGCUCUUGUUCCCAUCUUCGUCUUCCUGGUGAUGCAAAUCCGCAUCCGCUCAUUCUGGGAUGUCAACAACGCUGUUAUCGGUCUGCUCUACUCCCUCAUCACCGCCGCUGUUUUCCAGGUCUUUGUCAAGUGGCUCAUUGGUGGAUUCCGACCUCAUUUCCUCGAGGUCUGCAAGCCUGACAUGGCUCGCGCUCGCACCAUGGGAGGAUACAACAACAAGGGAUAUCUUCAGCUCUACUACACUCCCGAUAUUUGCACUGGCGACAAGAGCGAGAUCAACGAUGCUCUUGAGUCUAUGCCCAGUGGACAUACCACUGCCGCCUUUGCUGGCUUCGUCUACCUGUACCUUUACCUCAACGCCAAGCUCAAGGUCUUCUCCAACUACCAUCCCUCCAUGUGGAAGCUCAUUGUCACCUACGCCCCUCUUCUCGGUGCCGUUCUCAUCGGUGGAGCUCUCACUAUCGACAAAUAUCACCACUUCCACGAUGUCCUUGCCGGUGCCAUCAUUGGAACCGUCUUCGCUUUCUCCGCUUACCGAAUGACCUACGCUGCUGUCUGGGACUGGCGCUUCAACCACAUUCCCCUCAACCGUGGCGCUCCUUUCAACUACUCCAUGGGUGGCGCUGAGCUUGUUGACGCCGUCUUCACUCGCAAGGUUGGCUGGGGAUCGCAUGGUGGUAGCUCUCUCGGACAUGGACAUGGCCACGGCCUGAAGAGUGAUGGAUCUGAGCACAUGCAUGGCGAUGGUUAUCACAACAGUUCUAUUCCCCGCCGACCUGUUGGUACUGGUGCUCGCGGCGAGGAGAUGGUUUAA